UCACGCUCGCGCUCUCAUAGUUUUCGAGGCUUGAAGCCUGCCCGAUUAGUCGAUUGGGCUCUCGUCGGAGAGAGAGAAUGGCGACGUCCGGAGAGUGGCUGGAGAAGGCGUUGGACGAUCUCUGCCAGAAGAUGGAAAUUGGUUGGGGCCUGGACAAGGAUAUGAUUUCGGGCUUGGUCUCGUAUUGUGAGCUCGCCCAACCACAAGACGCUAAAGAGUAUCUUGAUAACAUCAUAGGUCAGGAAUUUGGGAAAAGUGUGAUAGAUGAGUAUUUGCGGUUGCGAGGUCACUCUGACCUCUGCAGCAAAACGUCAGAUGUUCCAACUUCAAAAUUACAUGCCUAUGUCAAGCCACCUUCUCAUGAAGGUUCUUUCAGUGGAUCCAAGAAACCUGUUAAGACACCAAAAACCAUUUCUAUCUCCAGUAAAGAGGUAGAACCAAAGAAGAUUACAGGCUCUAGUAAUGUGGAAAACCAAGAUCCAUCUGACAGUCGCAACUCAUCGUCUGGUAGAGGAAAUCAGAGUUAUUCCAAAAAGAAGAAGGCUACCAAAGUUGUUUCUCUGGCUGAAGCUGCCAAAGGAUCGAUUGUGUUCCAGCAAGGAAAACCAUGUUCAUGUCAAGCUCGUCGUCAUAGACUAGUGAGCAAUUGUUUAUCAUGUGGCAAGAUUGUAUGUGAACAAGAGGGAGAAGGGCCAUGCAGUUUUUGUGGUUCCCUUGUGCUGCGCGAAGGGAGCACGUAUGCUGGUAUGGAUGGAGGUUUUACCCCGCUUUCAGAUGCUGAAGCAGCAGCUGAAGCUUAUGCAAAAAGGUUAGUUGAAUAUGACAGAAACUCUGCUGCAAGGACAUCUGUAAUUGAUGACCAAAGUGAUUAUUACCAGAUUGAGGGCAACAGCUGGUUGUCCAACGAGGAAAAGGAGCUUUUGAGAAAGAAGCAAGAGGAGAUUGAAGAAGCAGAGCGAGCUAAACGAAACAAAGUGGUUGUAACCUUUGACUUGGUUGGCCGCAAGGUUCUUUUGAAUGAAGACGAUGCUUCUGAACUCGAAUCACAUAACAAUAUCUUGCGGCCAUUGGAUGAAAGAGAAGUGAACCGGAUUAAACCAAACCCAACUCUUCAAAUACAUCCUGUCUUUUUAGAUCCAGGCCCCAGAGAGAAAUCCACCAAAGGCAGAAAUCCAAACAAAGCCGUAAGCAAAGGCAUUUGCCUGGAAAUUACUGGGAGGGUGCAGCACGAGAGCAAUGAAUUUAAGAAUUUUAUUGUGGAAAAUGAGACGGAAACGUCUUUCAAUAGGAAAGCUUGGCAGGGGCCUUCUGUGAAUCACAGGCAGCAAUUGCAGGACAAUUACGAAUGUUCUUUAGAUGCCCGUUGAAGCACAACAAACUUAACAGGCUUAUAUUCAAGGAUGCUACUAGCUAAUCUCUUUGUAAAACAUUUCACUAGAGAGUUUUCUCUUUUGCUAGUCCUUAGGCCUCAUGUAUUUUGUUCCGUUUCCUGUAAGAAGAAUGAAGUUCAUGCUUUUGAGAUA